CAAACGUAAUUUCACACCAUUAUGGUUUUGCUUAUUCUAUCAGUAAUGGUUUCCUAAAUUAAAUAUUGAUAUUGUUGACAUGUUCGUGUAAAUCAGUGUUGUGUUGUUUUAGGUGAUGGUGACAGUAGUGUAAUGUCCAAGCUGACUCAGUGUCAACCAUAUGGCCCAAGUACAACAAUACGGAAAGUGGAGUGCACUAAUCAUCUCCUCCGAAAUUAUAUUAGGAAAAUACGGGAAGCCGGGGAACAGAAAAGAAACCAGUUCGGUCCGAUCCCAGGAGAGCUGAGGGAUAAAGUACUGGGAAGCUUGAUGCGAUUGCGCCAUGCUGUAACUGGUGCUGUUAAACACCAUAAAGGCAAUGUAUCACAGCUAGGGAUCCACGAGAGUGUCAAAACGUUAAAAUUUGAUCUUCAAAAUGGACCAAACCAUGUCUUCGGCGACCACUCUAAAUGCCAACCCUACUUCUGUAAACGCGCGAGUGUAGGUGAACCAAAUUUGGUGGAACGUCUAAAAUUCCAUGGUGUCUGGCCUAACAUCAUGGCUGCUAACGCUUUUCUGUGUAAUUUUGCAUACAGCCUGCUCCAGUGUGUUACCUCCAACAUUGUAGAAAGCUACAAUGCCAAAGUUUGUAAGAUGGUGGGAGGGAAGAGGGUCAACUUUGUGCAGAGGAACAGCUAUUCUGCGAGGAGUGAGCUAUCGGCGUUGUCGAUGAAUGAGGCCGAAGAGGUUCAUCGCCGCAUUCACAAAAGGUUGGCUCUUGGACAUAGCCCUGGUGUUCACGCAAAGUUGCUCGCCUCAAGAAGGUGCAGGAAGAGGACAAGACCAAGAAAAUCACUUUUUAAGGAAAAGAAAAAUAAGAGGAAUCUUGAUUAUCGUGCCGAUAGAGAUUACUGCGAUGUUCCCGACUUGGACCUUGAUGAACAGGAGCUGUGUCAAAGGAAAACUAGUUUCAUGAAAUCACUGGCUCUUGACUCAGAAAGCAGGGCCAAAUUAGAAUACGAGUCUCGUGGCCAGAGUUCAAGUGAGUUGUGGAAGCAGGAGAGGAAGAAAAGGCUUACGGCUUCAAACUUUGGAAGAAUCUGUAAGAUGAAACAAACGACUUCUUGCCAAAAGACUGUAGAGCAGCUCCUCUACAAAGAGUUCUCGGGAACAAAUGCAACAAGGUAUGGGUUGGAGAACGAGAGGACAGCCAUUUCCGAGUUGGAGGAUCUCCUGUGCAUCAAGGUACAAGAGUGUGGGCUUUACGUGGAUGAAAAGCUCCCAUUUUUAGCAGCAUCUCCUGAUGGACUUGUUGAUGAUGAAUACAUAGUGGAGGUAAAAUGUCCACCAUCAGCCAAAGAGUUUUCACCAGUGGAGGCAGUAGAACGGAAAAUUAUAAAGUUCUGCACUAAAAAUGAAGAAGGUGAUUUGAUCCUGAAAAGGCGGCACAGUUAUUAUUAUCAAAUCCAGGGACAACUACAUAUAACUGAUAAAAAGUUCUGCUUCUUUGUAGUAUGGACUCCCCAUGGUUUGUCUGUGGAAAAGGUUGUGAAGGAUGACGAGUUUUGGAUGAAACAUAUGGAGUCUCAGCUGAGGACAUUUUACAACAAAUGUAUUUUACCGGAACUGGUAGAUCCAAGGUAUCCUAGGGGACUUCCUAUUAGGGACAGAUUUUAAGCCGUCACCAGCCGUUAGGCCUACUGUGUUGGAUUUUAUUUUGUAAUAUUUAUAUAACGUGAAUGUACUCAGUAUACUAGCUCUUUUUGUAAUAUUUAUUUUUCAUUAUUAGCUUUGCAAUAUGCAAUAUUGUGUACAAAUAUAUUUCUCGUCAUUCUACUCUCGUUUUAUAGUACCUUUGACUACGAAUACA